AUGCCGUCACGAAUAUCCGGAACAGGCCGCCUUAUUCAGAGCAGGGAUGGCACUGCGCGACGACGCAAUCGGCGCGCCGACCAGUUCUGCGUGCACCUUGUGGCGGAUGAACGGCAAUUACCCGUGUAUGCAGUGGAGUUCAAAGCGCCGCACAAAGUGACGAUCCCCGAACUGGUGGCGGGUCUACACCCGAUAGAUCUGGAUCGCGAUGUCAUUGACCAAGAGGGCGACACGUUUGAUUUCUAUGCCACCCGCCUGGUCGCGGCCGUGGUCACUCAGAUAUUCUCAUACAUGAUCGACAGUGGCGUUCGAUACGGCUACAUCUGCACCGGGGAGGCUUUCGUUUUCCUUCGUAUCCCACAGGAUGAUCCCACCAUUAUUCAUUAUUUCUUGUGUAUCCCGAAUCAGGAUGCGCUGGCGGAUGUGCAGGCGGACGAUGAAGUGCGCCUCCACCGGACUGCCAUCGGUCAGGUGCUUGCGUUCACGUUUCAAGCGCUGGCCGUCCAACCUCCGACUCAAUAA